AUGCGCCCCGCCAUCUUUGCCCUUGUGGCCUUGGCCUCGGCCAUGGCAGCAGAUGUUUCUGUUGUCUGGCGCCACGAGAAAUCCUCUGGUAGCACUUCGCUGACCAUCCACUCCGCCAAAGACUACGCAGUCCUUGCAGAAAGUUGCGGCAACUCAAUCGGAUCUCUUGACUUCUCUCACGUCGACGAGCACGGCGCUGGGACUUUCACCGUCGGCGGUAACACCUUCGAAGUCACCAGCAAGCUUCAAGGCGGCGUGAGCUGCACUCGAGUGUACAGUGGCAUUGUUGCAGUCGUAGAAUGCUCCAAUCUCAAGUUGGACGUCCCGGCAGGUGCAGCUCUGUCCGCGGACUGUUUCUCUGAUGAAGAUGCAAAGGAUUCGUUCCUUGCGCUGAAGUCGAGAAACGUUGAUACCACGAAUUCCCCCACGCCUGUUGAGCAACGCACCACGCCGGUCCAAACUUUCAGGAUCCGCGGACGCCAGCAAUGCCAUGACGAACAUGGGACUGUCAAAGUGGGCGACGGUAACCCGCACCAGAACUACUACCAUAAGCAACUCUCGGAAGUUAUUAAUUGUGGUGCCGCUCCUUCCUGCUCUGCGGGCCACGAAAUCUCCAAAUCUUACACGAUAGGCUUCACUUCAGGAAUAAGCGCCGAUAGCUGGAUUUCGGCUGGUUUUGAAGUGCAAAAGAGUUGGUCGACUGGGAAUCAGUACACGUGCUAUGGUGCCCGGGGAGACAAUGUCUGCAUUUGGUACAACACUGCCCACACGGCUUACACGGUCCGCAACUGGGUAGAGAACACCUGUAGUGGGUCCCCCACAAGGUUCUCGGAUCCUUUCGUCAUGAAGUCUCCUAACAAAGCUAAUCGUGGCGGUGGUAUGUACUGUGUCAUCGGGACUUGCCGUGCACAGGGAGAUGCGUACUGGGAUGACUCUGGCCGAGCUGGGGGUCCUUGAAUGAGCCAGCGUCAAUAUUAUCGGUGUUACAUUUCCAGCGCGCUGGAGGGGGUUGGUGCUAUAAAAAAAGUGUUCGCAUCAUGCAACUGUGAAAGAAAUUAUUCAUGCUCUUCCAUUCAGGGUCUUCUACACGUGUUCCUGUUAUUAGUUUAGCAUAGUCAAGAAUGCAGACGAAUCUGUGCGAG